AUGGAUAGUCAAUGUUGGUGGUGGUUUAUAAUUUAUUUAAUAAAUUUCUUUUUUAAUACAAUUGCAUCAGAUUAUUUAUUAAAUACACUUAAACAACGAAAUGAAUCAACGAAUAAAAAACAAACAUCAUCGAAAUCGAACAAUAAAAAUCUUCAAUAUCAAUCAACUUAUUCAACUCAUUUGGCAGAGAAUACAACAAAAAUUCGUACGAACAACAUCAUUCAAUCAUUUAUAACCAAACCUAAUUCUUAUCUUUAUAAUUCUGAUGAAGAUGAAGAAAAUUUUUUAGAUCGUGUUAAAAGACAAACAACUCCAUUUGUUUGUAAAGCUGAUGGUUAUUAUCCAGAUCGACAGAAUUGUCGAAUAUAUCAUAUUUGUACAUCAGGUGUUGAUACAGCAGCUGUUUGUGGUGAAGGGACAGCAUGGGAUCCAAUUAGGAAAAAUUGUGGAUGGGAAAAUACUGUUGAAUGUAAAAAAGGACUUCGAAAAUGGGAUCAAAUAACAGAUAUUCGAGGGGUUACUUUAUUUGCUACUGAUGCAGCACUUGCAUGGCGAGCAAAAAAGAAAUCCACAACAACUCAUGCACCAAUUAAAGUUGAUUCAAAUUUUACAUGUGAAUAUGAUGCUGAAGGAUAUUUUCCUGAUCCAAAAUAUUGUCAUAUAUAUCAUUUUUGUGCUAUUGGUGCACAUCAAGUACUACAAUGUUUAAAUAAUCUUUGGUAUUCAUCAGAAACACAAGGUUGUGAUUGGCCUGAGAAAUCAGAUUGUAAAGCUGGUAAUUUACAUACAUCAUCAACAGCAGCAACAAAUAUGAUUGAUGGUGAUGGAAAUAUAGUUACAACUCCAAGAAAUUUUCGAUUAAAUGUUUAUUUACCAAUUGAAUGUCCACCAGGUGUUCAAAAAUAUUUUCCUGAUCCAUAUGAUUGUUCAGCUUAUCAUUAUUGUAGUGGUGGUGUCGACAAACCAUCAUAUUGUGAUGCUGGUCUCUUCUAUGAUAAGAAACACGGUUGUCAAUGGCCAAAAGAUGUUCCUCAUUGUCAACAUAAAUGUCCAGCCAAUGGGCAACGAUUACGUUUUGUAGCUACUCAUAGUUGUUGUCAUUAUUAUGAAUGUAUUAAUGGUCAUUUAAAAGAACAAGUGUGUCCAUUACAUAAACUUUAUUCAGUUGAAACAAAACGAUGUGAAAAUUUUCAAGUUGUUACUUGUGGUUCAAGAGAAAAAUGUAUAGAUCCUUGUGAUUAUGACAAUUCUCCAUUAUGUGAAUUUAAACCUGUUUGUCGAGAUAAACCAAAUGGUAAUUAUGUUGAUCAAUAUCGACCUAAUUGUCAAUUUCAUUAUACAUGUCUUGAAAGUCGAACAUUUAAUUAUACAGCAUGUGAACAUGGUCAUCGAUUUUCUGUUCAACAUCAAAAAUGUCUACCUGCUAAACAAGUCAAAUGUUUUUCUAUACAUAAUUAUCAAUUUUCAUUUAAUCUCAUUUUUUUCUUCAUUUUGAUACAAAUUAUUUAUUAA